GCAACAUACAUGGCACGCGCAAUUUGGUAGCUUGCGUUCUACCCCUGUGGUGUAACGCAAUAGAAACCAAUAUAAUGCCACUAAACAAGUUUCUUUUUCUUCUUUUUCAGAAAGAAACGUCAACGUGGCAUCACUAGAGCAAGAGGAAGAUCGGUUAUCUAAACUUGUUAUAAAUGACGAUAAGUAACUUGUACCCCGGGCUAUUCAAGCCCCGUCGUGCUUGUGGUCUGUGUGCUAUAGUGGUUUGAUGCAAAAUGUUGCAGGACGUGGUGAUUACAAAGCUCUUCUUACCAGAGAGACGAGGGAACCUCUUAUUGACAAACAUACAACAAGAGCCAACUUCGGAAGGCUCCCCCUCGCAAAUUUUAUCCGUCCCAGUUACAGAAAUUUCUGAGCCUACUCAAUCUAAUAGUCAAACUCGACUUACAAGAUCGCAAAGCGUCACCUGUUCACCACCUUACUUUACUUCAUCUGAACAUAUAACCCUCCCAGGGAAUACUUUCUACACUAGGUCAAGAGUCUCUCAGCAACCGAUUUCUAGGACGCUUAGUGGGCAUGUGAACGAGUCUAAUGGACUUGUUACAGGAAGUUCUCUACCUGCUGUAACCAGUGUCAAUGAUUCCACUCCCCUCAUCGUACCCAGUACAAUUCCUCCACGUACACCCCAUGAUUUGGCAACCUCUUCAGCUGCCAAUAGGAUUGAUGAACAAAUUAUGAAUUCUGAUUCUACUAAUGAUAAUCUCCUAUGGGGUCGUAUCUCUCGAAACUCAUCGGGAGAUUUACGAUUUCCCGGCAUAAAUUGCACUUUUAAAAGUGCUAAUUCAGUCUUGAGGCAAAUUUAUCAAUCGGCUAUGGCUCAAGACAGUUUGACUUUACAGUUACCGGCAUCCGCGAUUCAAUGUGAAAAUGAGGCAAAUAUUCGUUUAGAAAACUCACUACCAAAUUCGCUACUUAAUUCAAUUUCAAGAAAAGGUUUUUAUACUUGCCUGUGUUGCCGAUCAACAUUUACAAGCAGUGCUUUGUAUGAAGACCACCUGGAUCGUACCGUUGCUCGAAUAUUGUAUCGUUGUCAUCUCUGUCGUGCUUCUUGGACAACAACUUCACGUGAGGCGGUCAGUAUCGCUGAUGUAAAUACAAGUCAUCAUCAUCGUCCGGAGGACAACAGUAGAAAUCCUUCUGAAUCAACUAGUAGUUCUGUUGUCGCUGCUGGUAGUUCGCAUGAAGUCACGCUUGCUAUGAUCCCGACUACUACUACUAACAACAACAAUAAUAAUCAUGAAAGCGAAAUCUCCUCACGAUUUUAUUCUGUUCUGCCGGGUGGAAUUAUCAGCGCUAAUAAUAAAUGCGCCAUAUUUACUCAUUUGACAUCUGUACACCCGGAUAAAAGAAGCGAUUGGAUUCUAAGACCAUCGCUUCUUACAAUUUGUCCGUUGGUUACGCCAGCCACAUAUUUAAAUUUAGCAGCACUGACCGCCUCUACUACUACUACUACUACUACUACUACUACUACUGAUAUACAACCUUCUGAUGCAGGGAAUGAGCCAGCGCCUACACGUCAAACAUCCAAUCAACUUGUCAAAACUCAUUUGAAUGAUUUAUGUAAAUCAAGAGUUUGGAGUGAUCUUCAACAUAGUCUUAGUAUGGCUACUUGGUGGAAUGAAAAUGCUAAAGUUUCUGAUUGUGAUGAUCCGAAGGAGAUGAUUACUACUACUACUACUACUACUACUACUACUACUACUACUACUACUACUACGGCGACGACAACGAAUACUGCUGCUACUGUUGCUGCUCGUCCUCCUCUUCCUUCAUGUAGCAGCCCUAUUGAAUAUGUAAAUAAACUAUUUAAUAAUAAAUAUGUAAAGAGAAAAGCAUCAACAACAACAACUUCGGAAACUAGUGGUAUUACACCUAAUAAACGUGUGUGUCCAUCACUAAACAAAGGUGAUUGCAACAACAACAGCGUACAAGGUAGUUGUCAUCGCAUUAUUGAAGGUGUUGGUGUUAGUGCUAGUGUUGGAGGUGAUGAUAAUGACCAACUGAGUUCAACUAAUAAUUCUGCUAUUACUACUCCUUGUGUUGACGAGGGGGCGCAAGAACAGGUCAGCAGCGGCGGAGGAGGGACAUCACGUAGUUCUGAUGAUACAAAUGUUACUGAAAUGUCAGCGUUUGAUAGACCAACAAUACCAAGUGGAGUUGUAUCAUAUCCGCCUGUAUGUCAGAUAACUUAUAAGUGAGUGAUUCAGUUAUUAUUUUUCUUUUCUUUUCAAGAUAUUAUGUAUCUGUCAUUGUGGGUUAUAUAUAUAUAUUCUUUUCGACGAUUCAUUUUCAUGAGCUGUACAAUCGUAAUUAUAAUUAACAAAGAAAUCUUUAGACCAAUCAGAUAAUGGUAAAUUUUGUCCUUGGAAAAUUGUAUUACAUAAUGUAAGGUGUAAGAAGGGAUGACUAAUUGUAAGUUAGAAAGGAGACAGAAGUUGGCAUGACGUAAUAAGUGUGAGAUAGUGAAUAAUCAAUAAUCUCGUGUGAAAUGGACAGGAACUAGUGGAAAUUCAUUAUAAUAAAGGUUUUUGUAUUUCCCAAUGAAUGAAAAACAAAACGAUAUUGUUUUUACUGACGUUUCGCUAUUUAAUGCUAAUAGCUUUAUCAAAGUAUUAUUAAACCGGAAUUUACAAAAUCUCAGCAUAUAUAUAACAAACAGUUAGGGGGUGAGAAAAUAGAAAAAAUGGUUGUAGUAUCGAGAGUAAGUAUUUAGAUAGGUUGUAUGUCGGUGAGUUGGUGAAAUCUAUUACUGGUCUCAAUGGAACUGUGGGUUUAUGUAUUUUUGGUUGACCGUAGAAUCUUGAAGGUACAUAAGACUUUGGUUUUAGUUUAAACCAGAGAGGAUUUCCAAUUUUGGGUUUCAUUUCUUGAAGGACUCUGUUUGUAUUUAUUUUCAUUUUGUUGAAUUCGGCGGAUUUCUUCUUCUCUUCAAUGAGUAAGUAUGGUCCUUCAGAUAGGUGUUCGAUCGCCUUCUUUUCGUAAUCCGUUCUGUUCAUAAUCACGGUGACAUUUCCCUUGUCGGCUUUCGUUAUAACGAUGCUUUUGUCCUUCUUCAAAUUUCUUAAGGCUUCAUAUUCUUGUUUGUUGAGAUUAGAUGGUAUGUAGUACUAAAACGAGAUCUACACAAUUCAUUCCUGGAGAAAAUAAACUGUGUAUGUCCCAGAAUCCAAUUCACUUCGGAAGCAGAAUCAGACAUCGGUGAACUACCAUUUCUAGACUGCCUAGUUAAGAGAAAGGAAAACGGACAUUUUAGUAUAUCCAUAUUCAGGAAGAAAACCCACUCAAAUAAAUAUUUAGACUUCAAGUCAUCACACCCCAUCAGCGCAAAGAUUUCAGUUGUUUCAAGUCUUCUUAGACGAGCACACUCUCUGAUAACCGACGAGAAAGAAAAAGAAGAAGAAAUAUCAAACAUUACUGAAACUCUCAAGCAAAACAACUACCCAUGGAACUUCAUCAACAAAAUCAACACAG